AUGGACAGCGCAGCCACAUUCAGCCACGAGGAAGAACGGAAGAUCUACUAUGAUGACGGAAAUCUCGACCUCGUCGUCGGGGGCGUAUGUUUCCGAGUCUACCGAGGAGUACUCGCCCAGCACUCGCCGAUCUUCAAGGACAUGUUCGAUCUGUGCGUUCCUUCCGACAACAUCGCGUCCACCAGUAAAGAGCCUUUCGUCAACGGGAAUCCAGCUACCGCAAUUGCCACGGUAAGGCUGCAAGACUCCGCGCGUGACUGGCGCCACGUCCUGUGCAUCCUGUUUCAUAGCCAUGGUCGAUCCAUGCUGCUCAUGUGCCCCGACGAGCUGUCGCUGUACCCCUCCUUCGACCAGCUCUCUGCGUGCGUCCGGCUGGGCCACAAGUACCAGAUGUCCGCGAUCUACGCCCCCGCGAUGGAUUACCUCAAACGGCGCUUCGCCCCCACUCUGGACGGGUGGAAGAAGUGGACCACCUCCCGCGGCGAGCCGUACACGCUCCCGCGGUGCACCCCCGCGCACGCGAUCGGAGUCGUCAACCUCGCGCGCCUGACCGGCGAGCACGCGCUCCUCCCCCUCGCUCUCCUCGGGUGCGCGCAGCUCGGGUGCAAGCAGCUCACGGACGGGUUCGCGUACGGCGACGGCCAGCGGGAGACGCUUUCCGCGGAGGACGCGAUGCUCUGCUUGGAGUCGGUGUCGCGGAUCGCGUUCUACGGGGCCGGGCACACCUUGAACCUGGUCCAGCAGAACUCAUCAUCAGCAUGCAGCUGGACGCGUACCUGCGCAGGGUCGCGUAUCCGACGCCGUUUGUCCGGCCGGAUCCGGAACAGGCGCUGUGCGAGUCGUGUCUUGCCAUUGGCAGGUUCAUUGAGGCCUGUCCAGCUCAGCUCGCCCCAGAUGGCUCCUACUGAGAGCUUGACGGCCGAAUCAGGUCACUCUGAGCCUACCACCGCGAAUGUCCGAGACGAAGAGUUCUGGUUCGAGGACGGGUCCAUCAUCCUCCUCGUCCAGAACGUCGAGUUUCGCAUCUACAAGGGCCUUCUCACCGAACACUCGUCCGCCUUCGUCGACCUCUUUUCUCUCCCCCAACCGCCGACACAUUCAAGCUGUCCAGUAGUGCGCAUGUCAGGCGACUCAGCGCGGGAUUGGCGCCACAUCCUCCGUCUCUACAUGCCACGAAGGCACACAAAGUCCUACCCGCCGAUGCUCUCCUUCGAGCAGGUGGCCGCCUACGUCCGCCUGUCCCACAAGUACGACAUGCCGGUCCUCUACCGCGCCUCCAUCGCCCACCUCAAGCGCCACUUCACCGACGACCUCCGCGUCUGGGUCGACCACGGCCUCCGCCCGGCCCCCGGCUUCGCGGACAUCCACGCGAUCGGCGUCGUCAACCUCGCCCGCCUCACCCACGAGCCCACGCUGCUCCCGACGGCGCUGUGGAUGUGCUGCCGGCUCGGGCCGGAGCUGCUGUCCGGGUUCGCGUACUCGGACGGGGAGGUGGAGACGCUCACGCCGGCGGACGUCGCGCUGUGCUGGGCGGCGCGGCCGCGGCUGGUGCAGGCGACGCUGCAGACGUUCCUGUCGAUCUACCCGGCGCCGAGCGCGGAGACGUGCAGCGCGGCGGGGCCAGGCGGGGACGACAGCGGGUGCCGGCGGUUCGCGACGAGCUUCGUGCACAAGAUGAGGCACAAGCCGGGGAUCUUCGUCGCACCGGACCCGCUGAUCGGGUACAUCAACAUGGAUGGGCCGAGUGGGAAGAAGUUGUGCGAGGGGUGCCGGGAGGGAGUGGUGCAGUGGAGCCAGAAGGUGUACUUUGAGGCGUGGAAGUCGUUGCCAGAGCUGGUCGGGGUGGAGGUGCCGGGGUGGACCGAGUCGGCGAGUCCGAAGUAA